AUGAAAUUAAGAGGGCUUCUUCAAUUGCUAAAAUGCUCAUCUGCGGUUUUUGCUGCCGAGAAGAACAGCCUGAAGGCGUUGGAUAAAGCACUGAUGGAACUGCAGGCAGCAACUUUGAAAAAGCGUAAACUUCGAUGCGCAAAAGUAACCGCUAAUUCAAAUGAAAAAAUAUUGCAAUUCGUAAAUGAAACGGCUCACCCUAACCCCGUUUUAGAUCCAAAAGAAUGA